ACCGUGGAGGCGUGCAUCGUGCGGUGCGAGGCCGCGGGGUACGACUACGCCGGCGUCGAGUUCGGCGACGAGUGCCAUUGCGGAACCGGGUACGCGAACGGCGCGAUGCCGCAGGGCGCGCCUGCGUCCGAUUGCGACGUGGCCUGCGCGGGGAACGGUUCCGAAACGUGCGGCGGAUCGUGGCGAAUCCAGGUGAGCACGAUCGAUCCAUCGGUGGUGGUGGUGGUCCUGAGAAGCGAGCUCCUGGGCUGCUACGUCGACACCGCGUCCUCGCCCGCCCUCUCGAACGCGAUCGCGCCCGUGUCUUUCACGAACAACACCGACCUCGUCAGCCAAUGCGUCGACUACUGCGACACCCUCGGCUACCCAUAUGCAGGCGUCGAGGACGCUGUCGAUUGCCAGUGCGGCUUGAGUCUUUCGGGCGGCGCAGAAUCGGUGGAUCAGUCGCAGUGUAACUCAACGUGCCCGCUGCCUGGCGACGCUGGACGGGAGUUUUGCGGAGGUGUACAGAGGAUGCAGCUCUAU